UGAGACUAGCUUAAUGGUUAAGAUGUUUACAGUAGAAACACAAGGUGCAGGGCUUGAUUCUCAUGAAAUUAGCCUGGCUUAAAAUGGCCCACAAAGGCAGUUCACCUAGUACUAAUCUAAGAACGUUAACUGGACUCAUAAAACCUGUAACGAGAGCAAUAAAAGUGGUCUUUUACGGCUGAAAUAUUGUGAAGUGCGUACCUUUGUUACUACUGCGUAGUAAAAUUUCUUUCACUUUUUGCUGAGAAAAUGGUCAAUAAUAAUCACAUUCAAAACAAACACUAAAAAGCUGUGCCUUACUGAAAUAUAUAUUUCUAAAAAAUCUGAUAGAUAAGUACACAUUUAAUAAAAAUGACAGGGGCCGUAGCUGGAAAACGGCUCAGAAUCCAUGGUGCACUGACUUAAUCCGUUGCCUGCGAUUUGAGGAAACCGUCACACUAAUGCAAUUAUUGCGUUGCCUGCGAUUUGAGGAAACCGUCACACUAAUGCAAUUAUUGCGUUGCCUAAAACAUCACUUUUAACAUUUGUCGUACACUUAAAGAAAAACGAAGUUACAGUUGAAGGCACAGCAGCAGCACUGGAGUUUAUUAGGUUAUGAGAGAGCAAAGAAAGCCGACCAACGGCAAUCAUCUUAAACUGCUCUGCAACGUUUUACACCUCGCCUGCAAUGACCUCCUCCUGCCUCAAAGGUGUCGCUGUCGGACCUUGUCGUAAAAUUACAGUAGAUGUUUUGGUGCGAUCUGUGUGCAUCACUUUUCUGCCCUCGUGGGAACGUUUGUUUACAGUUGUGUUGAUAGUUGGUGCUACAGUCAGCUGAUUUUCCAAACACUACAUGGGAGCUUGAGGAAGGGACAGUUAGACUUACAGCACAUCCCAAUAACUUGUAUAACAAGAGUAUUAGUUUGGUUUCUGCUGUCUUAUAGUUGUUAAAGACACUUUAGACAGCUAGUUCAGGGUGUCUGCAGACAGCUGUCUGUAUUUGGAGUUUUUUCCUGACCAAGACCUUCAGGUUCAAUGCCUUUCAGCGUCGCGCCGUCUCACCGGCCAUGGACACAAGCGACUUGUUUACAAGCUGCAGAAAGGGAGACGUUUUCCGCGUACGCUAUCUUGUUGAGCAGAGAGACGUGGAACUUAAUGUACGGGAUAAAUGGGACAGCACACCACUCUACUACGCAUGCCUUUGUGGCCACGAGGAACUAGUGCAGUACCUGCUAGCCAAUGGUGCAAAAUGUGAGGCAAACACUUUUGAUGGGGAACGCUGCCUAUAUGGGGCUUUGAGCGAUCCCAUCCGCCGAUUACUGAAGGAGUACAAACAGAUUACAUCGAAACGUAUGCAACGGGAUUACUAUGAUGACUUUUUGCAAAGGUUACUGGAGCAAGGUAUCCACAGUGAUGUUGUUUUUAUUGUGCAUGGUGAGUCGUUCUGUGCCCACCGCUGCAUUCUCAGUGCACGAUGUGCUUACUUCUUGGAGAUGUUUGAAACAAAGUGGAAAGGAAAGAAUAUGAUCGCACUUAAACAUCCUCUGAUCAAUCCAGCUGCCUUUGGUUCAAUUCUGCAGUACCUUUAUACAGGUCACAUGGAUAUUGAUGUGGAGUAUGUAGAUGACUGCAAACGACUGGCUAAGCAAUGCAAACUUCAGGAUCUCAUUGAUGAACUAGAAAACAAGUGCAAGCAAGUGAAUGAAUUUGUCUCCUCAAAGCCAGGGACCUGUGUGAAGGUUCUGACUCUGGAACCUCUGAACAGCUGCAGGCUUCAGGAAGAUUUGGCUAUAUUGGCAGACUGUGCUUUGCCUGCUGAGCUGAGGGUGGGCUUUGGGGAGCUUCCGUUUGACAGUACGGAUAACUUCAGCAGCUAUCCUGAUGCCUGCUUCCGUGUACAGGACUACAACUUUCUGUGUCAUAAGUCAUUUUUCUGUGGGCGCAGUGAUUACUUCAAGGCAUUGCUAGAAGAUCAUUUCUGUGAGAGUGGGGAGCUGCAAUCUCAACCUAGUAUUCCAGUGGUGACCAUCCAUAACAUCUCUGAGGAUAUUUUCAUAAGGGUCCUAUACUAUAUUUACAGUGAUGAUACAGAGCUCUCUCCAGAAAAUGUGUAUGACGUGCUUUGUGUGGCAGAUAUGUACUUAUUACCAGGCUUAAAGAGGCUUUGUGGAAAAACUUUGGCACAGAUGUUGGAUGAAGAUACAGUUGUUAACAUCUGGAAGACUGCAAAGUUGUUCCAGCUUACAAGGCUUGAAGACCAGAGCACAGAGUACAUGGCUAAAAUAAUAGAGAAGCUUGUGGAAUCUGAAGAAUUUGCCUCUGCGGUUAAGGAGGAUGCGGAGGCAGUUAAGUUGAGGCAAGAGACUGAUUCCAUCCCUCUGAUUGAUGACAUUCGCUUUCACAUCACAAGCAAUGUACAGACAUACAGUGCCAUUGAAGAGGCUAAUCAGAAAUUGGAGGCACUGGAGGAACUCUUGAAUAUAUUAGGACUGGAGGGCUGAUAUCUGUCUACACAUUUCUCACUACUUAGAUGUAUAGAAUAUGAAAUGUAAAACAUUUGUGUUACAUUUGUGCCUUAUAUGUUAUGCUUCAUUCUGGGCAAUGCAACAAGGCAUUACAUUAAUACUGCCAUGAUGCUUUGAGUGCCUAACUCGGCAUGCUAACUAGAUUGAAAUGUGGACUUAAGGAGGUGAGGACUGAACAUAGCAGUCAGAAGCAUUGUCAAACAAUUAUAGCUGUUCAUCAUGCUUAUUUAUUGUAAUAAAGGCAUAUUCAGUUUCAUCCCUAUGGCAGAAAAGGGAGAGUAUUUGGCAGGAAUUCUGCAGUGCUGUUGGCUUAUGAGAUAUAUGGUGAACUGCUUACCAGACUUUCUAAAAUCACGGUUCUUUUCAGUUACUUGCAGUAUGAGAAUCAUUCAUCUGAUAUAUGUAUGUAUUUGGCUUCCAUAUCAGUUUGUUACAAUCCAUUUCAUUUGGGCAGUUUGUGCAUUUCACAUCUUGCAGAAUUGUUAAGUUGUAGUGUUUGAUUUAAUUUCUUUUUGGGGGGUUGAGGAAUGGGGGGAGAGGUUGCUUUUGGUUCCCAUAGCAAAGGAAGUGUAGGCAGCCCCUAUCUUUGGAAGAUAUGUUAGUACUCCUCAGUGUAAGGAAAACAUAUUUUAAUUUUUUUCUCUUUCUCUGAGCCACAGUUUACACUGGAAUGGAAGAUGCUUGUUUGAUUUUUCUUUUUGGAGGACUUGCAGACCAUUAUUGUAAACAUUAUGGCUUCUACUCACCAGUCAUUCAAGCUUUCAACAGUGUUUAUGUGCUGUGGAGUAUACUCCUAAGGCGAGUGAUUGUUUCUCACUGAAAGUCCACCAGCAUCACUUGCCAUGAGCCCCAGUAAAUACACGAUUACCAGAUGUUGACAACAAUUUUUAUUCCUUCAAAACCAUUGGUCAUUUCACUGCAUUUCCCAGUUUCUUUGGUCACUUUGGCCUGAAUUUCCAUUCCUGAUGUAAACAGUUUUAAGAUCCUAGUGUCAUCUUACUAAGAGAAAAUACACUGCAGUUUGGUUUCAGGAGUUUCAUUAUGGUUUAAUAACUUCCCAGCUUAAAUUAGAUAAGUGCUUGUGAUAGAUUACACAAAAUGAUUUUCAGUUUGAAUGUGCUGUUUUAUUUUGGCUCUUUAUGUGAUGUCACAAACUGUGGCUAUAUAAUAGAUUUAGAAAGUCUACUAUAAUAAAAAAAAUGUUGAAAGAUAGUUUAAUCGCUGGAAAUACGUCCCACACCAGAGGGGAAAAAGUCUGUUUAAAAAAUGUGUUCUCUUCCACUCUGGCAAUAACUCCAUGGAUGAGAAAAAAUUGAAAAGGUAAUAGAGGCUGCAGUGCUGCAUCUUAGAAUGUUGCUUUAAUAGGGGAAAAAUGCAGUCCCUCUGGAGGGAUCUGUUACCAGUGUCACAAGAGAGAGGAGAAAGCAAGCCCACUUCACUAGUGCAGGUAUUGAAAGACUGUUGUUCCGAAAUAGUCAUUUACUUUCAGGAACAUUUCUGAGAAUCUCCAGAGUACAAGGCCUUUAUCUUACAAUAAACUUCCCACUUGAUUUAAGGUAGUUUCUGAAUUAUUGAAACCUAACCUUCACCAAUAUGACCUUCAGUAUUGAUGCAGCCUGUACACGUCACUUACUCCACGUACCAGAUCUAGACAGUUGCAGUUGAACCAAAGACUUUUUUUUUCUUUUUUUUUGCAUAGUGCUACUCAUGUCCUAUGUGUAGCACCUGCCUUUACCUGACAGUGGAAUUCCAGAUUAUCGAAAGUCUCCAUCUGAAGGUACCUCAUCGGUCCUUCACAAGUCUAACAGGUUACCUUUUUCUUAUAUGCCAUUGUCCUCAAAAAGAGGAAAACAUCUGCCUCUUGAUGUUUUUGGUGUGAAAAAAAUUCCAUGAAGUCGAGAUGUUGCCUUUAAAAAAUGGAUGAAAACUGUUUCUUGUAGUAAAGAUGCAUAUUCUGCACAGGAAGAUACUUUUUAAACUUCUUAAAACUAAAGAUCUGUAAAGUGGGCUGUAUCCCAAUUAUCAGACUCUUUUUGGAUUUAUCAGCAUCUACUAAUAAGGGCCCUGAUUUACUCACAUCCACUUCCAUGUAUUCCAAAAUAAGGCAAAUUACACCUUAUAGAUUUUUUUACACAGCUGCUGCCACCAAACUAGAAUCCAAGGUGGUGAACAGAUUUGAGAAGAAAGUAUUUAUUUCGGUUCUAGGUCUUAGAGCCACAAAUUGACAGCCUUGUUAGACAAGCUGAUGUUUUGCAUUCCGAUAUCCAGUGGACUGAAAAUUUUGGUCUUCUGAACCACUUUCGUAAUGUAAUAACCUAUCCCAAAGUGCUUUGGAUUCAGAGAUGGCAUAUUUAGUUCACAGAAGUAUAGGAAGCAGCAAUCACACAAUGGCUUUUUACUUGAUCAUUUUUCUUUCUUUAGAUUUGUGGUUUGUGAGGUCAUUGUUGUAAGUUUAUAAUUUAGGCAAAUAUUAGGCAGGUCAUAUUCUCAAUAUAACAGUUGGAACAUUAUAAAUUACCUCACAAAUAUAGCACAGUAUCAGUUUAGGUCUGUAAAAUUUUUCAGAUACCCUUUUAACUCUUCCAGUUAGUUAUAUGAGACAGACUUUAACUUUGAUGGCAUCCAUUUCAGGCAAGUUGGGAACUCUAUCGUUGAGCAGACCUCUGAUGCAGUAUGUGUGUUCAUGAGGUCAGCAGCCAUAUCAUUGACCGUAAAGAGGUAGGCUUGCUUUAUGUGCUCAGCCUUUUCAUGAUGAUAUUGAUACUGAAGUUUUAAAUCCAUGUAUGCAAUUGAAGAACAUUUGGGGUAGCCCACUGAAGAGGUGGUUUGUGAACUGACUAAAAAGUUACUAGUGUUGUAAAGCAGGUGUCCCGUAUACCAUUCCAGUAUGCUAGGAAUUUCCUGUUGCUUAAAAGGGCAUCUUGCAGUAAGCAGCAAGCUACCCAACAACAACAAAAAUGAGACAAAAAGUAGAAAUACAGGAACCCCCCCCCCCAAAAAAAAAAAUGGAAAGGAGAGCUGAGUUACUUUAGAAAUGCAUUUAUGCAUUCCACCACUUUGUCUUUUAAGUUCAUCCAGUAGGGAGAAUGUUUAUUCACUCCUCAAGAACUGGCAGUAAAUUAUUUCAAACAAGCUGAUUCUUCAGUGCAUCUUCCAGGACUAUGCCAUACAUUUUCCAGAUACCAGUGCUGGGUGUAGUCUGUCAAACUUUAUAGUAGUAGUAGUAGCUCCCAGCCUUUAAGCUAUUACAAAAAAGGCACUGAAAGUAGAUCCCAAACCACCAAAAAGGAAAAUGAUGCUUGCUUAUCUGUCCUGAGAGGUGGGAGUCAACUAAACUGACUACAAUAGCAGCAUAAGAAGCUGGCAAAGUUCCAUAUUGGAAGUCGUUAUGAGGUUGUGCUUGUACAGAAGUUUGCAUGCCCAUCCCAAAGACAACAGUUGCAGAGAUCACAAAGCUGUUGUGUGGGUGUUGGGCACACUCCCUGGCAACAAUACAGUGCUGCAGCAGUGUCCUCAGUCUCCUUACCAGCACCAGACAUGGGUCAUUUGAGCGUGGAAGAGGUUGAGGAGUACUUGAUAGUCUCAGGUUAUGCAGAGAGGAGCUGAUGUCAUGUAAUUGUCACUGUAGAGAGAGGGAAAAAAAUCACUGAAAGUAGUAUAAGGAACACAUUGCAGGUCCUGGUUCUAAUAACUUGAGGACUAAUAGUGCAUCAUGAAGUACUAAUCUGGCAGAUACUAUACCCUUUCAUAGGAAGGCUCCACAGAUGAUUGACAGUGGGGUGGAACAGCUACAAAAAGACCCAGUCCGUGAGUCAGUGCAGGAUCCUCAAGGAAUAACUGUUUCUCAAAAAACAGUUUGAAGUUAAGUUAAUGGCAUUAUUGAUAGCAUUAAAAGUAUUUGUGCUCUUUUUGAAAAAAAAGAAAUCAGUCCAGCUCAGGAAUAACAGGGUCAUCACCACUUACACCCAACCUGGAUAACAAACCUUUACUUUCCUAAGGUCAUACUUCCGAUGCAUGGCCUUGGUUUAUAUGCAUAGGGGUAUAUAGAUGGAUGUACAAGUGUGUUUCUCAGACUACCUCACUGCCAACCUGAACACAGAGCUUAUAUACAUUGGACUGAUUGCUGCCUGGUCAUUGGUACUGUUGCUUCACUUGCUUGAUUAUUCAGAUAAGUACUUCCUUUGCCUUUUUUGCUUACAGUAUGUGAGUGCGGUAGGCAGAUAUCAUACAAGCGCUUGCACGCUUAAGUGCCUUUUCUGUCUAGGUCAAAAACAUGAUUACAAGGCCUGUUCCAUUUGUCAAUCAUUUGUUCCCAAAACUCUUAGGUCGAAGCUUUCCCCAUCUCAACGGUUUUCUGGAAACUCAGCAUCUUAAAUGCCUUGCCCAGUCCAAGAUGGCAGAAUCUGUAUCCCCAGACGUCUCUCUACUGCCAAAAAAAACUUUAAGAGGCUUAGAAUGGAUAUGCUGUCUAAUUGCCCAUUACCAAGACCCUUUCGGAGGUUGGUAUUGUGUCUGAGACCUUGCAGACUGCAGAUACUACAGAUAAACUGCAACAUCUGAAGUAGUUACUUCAUUUGCUCUGCAACCUGUUCCGAGAGCGGUCAGUAUUCCUCAGAUAUUAUUUGGGUGAAAUCCCGGGUACUUUAAUAGAGGGCACAGCAGGGUUCUGAACCUCCAGUUCUCAUCCAGGCAGAUGUUACACCAAAAAAAAAAAAAAAAAAAAGAAAGAAAACUAGGCAUGUAACCUCCCCCAUAGAAGCUAGGGAAAAGUAGUGUCAGGCAUUGUUUAAAGCUGUCAUGGCUGUAAAACCUCCUUCCUUUGUGUUUCUAUGACCACAGGUUAUACCUCUAAAGUCUACCAUCGUAUCUUCCUCUGAGGAAGAACAGGCUAUCAACUCACCACCCCUCUUUUAACUGUUCUCAGUUAUACUCACCUGGACAAAUCCCUUUGGAUGAAGGGAGUUCCCUUUCUCCAGGCACUCCUAUUGAAGAAGCUUCCUUUGGAAAAACUACCCUCAGAAGAGGUACUACAGCCAGUUGGAAAUGAGCACUUCUGCCCCUUUCCCAGUCCCUCCUCUACUUGAGACUUUCCAAGAUGCCUUCCAGUCUACCUCUUCAGCACCUGACUCUCAACCACCAGCUCCAAAAAGAUCAGAUAGGUUUUAUAAGGUACCUGAUGAGCUUAAACACUUGUACAAGAAUACCGUGUCUGAUCCUUCUGCAGUGUCUCUCACAUCAGACAAAUCCUCUAAGCCUCUACCCAUUGCUAAAGCUCUUCCUACAGACAAUGAUAGUAAGGCUAUGGAUAGGUGGAGAAAGAAGAUAUACACUUCUUCUACCAUAGUUUUAGGGUAAUUAACUGUCGGUUACAAAUGACCAAAUAUUUGAUUUCUGCACUUCGGUCCUUGAGUAAGGUUAUGGUGGGCUGUCAAACUGCAGAAUCAAAGCAAAAAUUGUAGAAUCUACAUUCUCAGGCCAUUCAAACAGCCAUACACACCAUUAAGUGCAGUUAUGCUGUGGAUUCCUCUUCUAGGACAACAGCUACUGAGUCUGUUAUUUGCAGUUAUGCAUGGUGACAUAGCCAGCCUAUUGCUGAGGAUUUCAAGUCAAGACAUUAGACUUCCCCAUGGACGAAGGUCUCUUGUUUGGUCUUCAGGCUGUCAGUCUGUCCAAAACUCUCCAAGUCCAAGUUAAGACUAUGAAAGACUAGAGAUCCUAGAUACCAUAGGAACUACCCAUCUAAAUCUACAUUCUUCCUCAGAAGGGAUCCUAGGACAACUCAACAACACAGGGAGAACUCCUAGGAAAAGGGACUUUGACAAACCUCAUAAGGGAAUCUCCAUCUGGGAGGCCUUCUUUUGAAAUAAAAAUCCAGGACUACUUUACUACAGGAAAAUGCCUCUACAACCAGACCUUAUCACUCGACAGAAAAGGAUUGAUUCCCCACCCAUAUGUUUUCUCACUCAGCCUGACCCUGGAUGAUAGGAUUCAAAUCCCUCAAAGGCAUCUAUUGUCUGAGGAGGUUGUUCGAGUCCUACAAGAAAGUCUUACACAGCACAGUUAAAUGGAAAAGAUUUCCCUAUUAGUGACACAAACACAGUCUGGACCCACUGUUAUCACAGGUCCUUGUUGUCUUGCAAUGUCUUUGCAAACUACUUCAGUCAGGCUUGGCUUACUCUUCUGACAAAACACAUUUGACAUCAGUAUCUGUUUGCCUCUCACCCCCCCCCCCUUAUGGCCAGAGUGGAAGUCGAGCUAUUCCUGAGGAGAGUCCUGCAUCUUAACCCACCAAGGAAAUCCAAAUCUCCAACGUGGAAUCUCAGUUUUUUGCUGGUAAAGCUUACAUUACCCCCCCCCUUUAAACCAGCAUCUUCUGCCACUUUGAAAUUUUGCACUUGGAAGACUACUCUGCUGUUGCCUCUCUCUUCUGUUCAAAGAGAAUCUGAACUGCAGGCUGUCAUGACUUUUCCACCUUUUGUUAUUUUCCUCAAGGACAAGAUGAAUCUUGUGGCUAAUCCAUUGUACAAGUCUAAAAUAGUGAACAAGCUGUCCCUCUAUCAGGCUGUUCACCUACUCGCAUUCUUUCCCAACCCUGCAAAUGUGGGGAAAGAAUUCUCCAUUCUCUAGACAUUCACAGACAACUCAGAUUUUAUCUGGACAAAAAAUCUUUCAGAAAGACUGACCAGCUGUUUGUAUCCUUUAUGAACUCUAAGCUGGACCAACCAGUCUCCAAACAAACUGCUGCAGCUUUGAUUUCAAAGGCCAUCUCCUUCAGCUAUUCUCACUAUGGUAAGUCCUUGUCUUCCUGGCUAAAAGCUCAUUCCACUACAGCAGUGGUUUCCUCAGGGGUCUUUCACAAAGGCGUUGACAUCAGGUCUAGCUUGGAAGCUGCUACUUGGUCCUCUGCAUACCUUCAGCAAACAGUAAAAAACUUAUGCUUUCUCUUUUGCAAGGUCUGUCCUGUCUGGGCUGCUGUACAACUUAAUCUGUUCAUUAGCCAACCACCAUUCUCUCUGCCUUCUCCAUCUUUGGAAAUCACCCAUAUGUCAGGAAUACUGCAACAGUGAUUUCGUCUGGACAUAGUACAGUUGUGUAAGAACUUAUAGUAGAUAUCCUGACGAUCACUGUUGUAAUAUUCAUUCCCCUGUACUCCCACUUCAGCUUCCUUCAUCUCUUCCUCUGCUUUAAGCUCUACUCUGCAGCAUGGAAACAGGGGGGUUUACUUUCCUAUUAGAACUACACCUCUCCUAGCUGACCAGUCUGUUUGCCUGCCUCUCUCUCUGUCUCAGUAGUCUUCAGGACUCUAGCUUGGAGAUAGUUUGAGGUACAUGCUCGUAUGUCUGUCUGUAUACCCCUAUGCCUAUACACUGAGGUCAUACAUCGGACGUAUGACAUCGCAGGUAAAGCUUUGGGAUCCUGUCUGUAAUUCAUUGAGGAUGACCCAUAUGUCAUGAAUACUGCAGCUGUGAUCAGUAGGACAUUUACUGUCAUGGUAAGUUCUUACACAAGUGUACUUUUUAUACUUGUUACCCGCUGUAGAAACAGAUGUUAACGCACGAUGAGCGUUACAAUAUAUAAGUAGGAUAGGACACAAGUCCAGCAACUCUGCAGUGUGACUGCACUCAGGGAAUCCCACCGCACAGCACUUGUGCCUGUUCUGCUAAGAAGGGAUUACUACAGUACCAAAUUCAAAGUCAGAUAAGAAUACUGAAGCAGAUAUAUUUGUCCUGUAAAAAACUUAUUAAUCAUCACAAAAAUGUAGGACGGUACUGUUUUAUAUUGUAGAUGCAGUUAGGUAGUUUGACAAAUCAGGAAAAAAACAUUUUAAUGUUUAACAAGUGUAUAUGACUUAAAGUUAAAACAACAUCAUACUUUGUAAAUGUUCAGUAUUCUGACAUCUAUAAAAUGUGUUUCAUGUUUGCACAUGUUUAUAGGUUCAUAGGUUCAUACUAGGCUAUCUGCCCAAGGGCAUUUAUAAGCCUAGCCCAUAGUUAUUUGGC